UGUAUUAGCGCAAGGCAUUCUAGGUAAUUCAAAAUGGCUGCCGACGCCACGUUUAAACAGUCGUGCCAGAAAUCGCACGAUAACCUCUUUUUUGAUUACAUAGGAGAAAAUCCAAACUGGAAACCUGUAUCUUUAACACACGUAGAAUACCCUAAAGGCGACCUUGUCGGUCUAGUAUUAGCAUGGUGCAGUCUUAUGCCGAUUUUUAUCAUCGUUUCUUUAAUGACUCUUAUUGUAUUUCGUCGGGAACUACAUACGGUGACAAUGUUAGCUGGUCUGUGUAUAAAUGAAGCUGUCAAUAUGGUGGUGAAGCACACGCUAGCACAACCCCGGCCAUGUGCUGAUCACUUAUACCAACCCUCCACAUUUGGGAUGCCGUCUGAUCACUCGCAGUUCAUGGGAUUUUUUGCUGUUUAUAUGGUUCUGUUUAUUUACUGUAGAUUACAUUAUUCACAAUCCACAACAAUGUGGGACGACUUACUAGACAACCUGUGGAAGCAUGCUGUGGCUCUAGGAUCUAUUGCACUUUCAUUAGCAGUAGCAUUUAGUAGGGUGUACCUGCGAUAUCAUGACAUCAACCAAGUUGCUGCUGGCCUUCUGAUUGGUGGAGCUAUGGGUGUCGCCUGGUUUAUGUUUACGCAGACUGUCCUUACACCCUUAUUCCCUGUCAUAACAGCUUGGCCAGUCGCUGAGUACCUCAUGAUCCGUGACUCGACCCUGAUUCCCAGUGUCAUGUGGUUUGAGUACACACAGUCCCGGGUAGAAACAAGGAAACGUCAACGGCGAGGUUCUCACAACAGUUAUUACAAGUCACACACACAGUAACGAUGUUGUGCUGUAUGUUGUGCUGUAUGUGAGAGGUUGACAUGGAAACAAACCCAUCCCUCUUCACUAGGCAAGUGAAGAGGGAGAAUCAGUGCUUUGAUCAGGACCAGGAACUGGUAAUUACCAAUGACCUGGACACAGCUGCAAAAGUGCCCGCCAUAAAUAUAGUUUCAGUUUUAGUGAAACUAAUUGUAUACCCUCUUCUCCUCUAUGAAGCUAGAGUUAUUUUGGGUCAUAAUUGCUAGUGAGCCAGCACUGCUGUUAAAAACAGCCAGUGGUGUGGCCCAGCAAUGUUGGCGCUAUUUCUACCACAUCAUCUACUGUAGAGCUGGGGUAGUUGUGAAUUAGUUCGGCAAUAUUUCUUUUGUUUUGUGAUCAGCCAAGAGAAGCGCUGCCAGAAAUGUGAACCAAUGCUGGCUGGAUUCAUUUAACUAAAUAGUUUCAUUUAUACCUGUAAAAUAAUAUCCAUCACCAAAGUGAUGGAAUUUGUACCAUUUGACCUUAAUUGCUUCCAUGAUUACAUGCACAUUAUACACUUAAGGGAUUCUGAAUGGUCUGUGUAUAUUGUAGUCUGCUUAGCAGCCGCUUUAAUGCCAUGCACGCCUGCAUGACACUAAAAGGGGCUGCUAAGCAGACUAUGUAUAUUGUGGACAUACAAUAAAUUUUAAAUGACUUUCCAUGGAGUGCCUGACUUCCUACUUGAUUAUUGAAGGCAUAUCUAGAAAUACAAUUAUACACUGAGGAGGAUUCCAUUAUACUCCAGUGUUCACACAUUUUUUGAAUUUGUGGUCGUGAAGCUCAUGUCAAUCAGAUAGUACUGUACUCUACAUUUUUCACAUACUGAUUGGUUUGAAUUCAUUUACUCCACAAAACUGCCAAAGUGCAGGUAGCCUAACCAGCUUGCAUCUCACUAGAAUACUUUGGGUGUUCCAUGGUAGUCUAAAAGAUUCAUGAAUUCAGUGGCACAUCCAAGAUUUUCAAAGGUUGGCACAAUUAAUGAAAACUAUUUAAGACCUCAAUAAUUGUGGAAGGACAAGCAUAAUUUUGUUAAAGGUGGUUUCACUGUACCUUGUAUAAAGUAAUCACAGUUGAAACACUUUCUGAAUUUUGAGUCUCAAAGCUAAUGAGCCAGCAUUAUAAAGAUUUUUAAAAAAGGAGCCCCUUUUCUCUGCAGUUAGGGACAAACCACUGGUAUUUAGCCAGGGGAGUAGCUGAUUCCCCAAAAAAAUUCGAGCAAGGCCCAGGCCCUUAAAAAAAUUAAGCAACCAAAGACUGGCAGACAAAAAUACCACAAUUUUGUUGGGAAAAUCGAACAGCAAAACUGUCUGGGGAAGAAAAAUUCGAGCAAAAAAAGCCACUCCCCCGUCACAUAUAAAAUGGUCGAUCCCUUAGCAAGAAUAACUCUAGUACCAGAGCCCCUACACACAGAUGUCAUAGCAAGGACUGGCGCAGGGGGGUGGGACUGAAGAUAAAUUAUAAGACCAAGAUCUAGAACAUAAGCUUUGUGAUAAGGCAAAUUAUGCCAGGAGAUGGUGGUAUGACGAUAGGCAGGAGCGGACCUGGGAUUUCUCAAAAGGGGGGGGGAGAGGUCACUGACCUGAAUGAGGGUGUUCCAAUAUUUAAAACAUAUUUUGGAACAUAGGUCAAUUAGUGGAGUUUAUCUGUCAUGCAUUUUGUCUUCUAAAAUUUCUGUCUGAAGGAGAGGUUGGGGUGUUUGUCACCAACACCACCACCCUGGAAUCCCAUCUCCCAUGCUGCCCCUUGAAUUCUUUCCUUUAUGAAAGCUGAAAAUGAUUAUUCUGGAAGUUUGUGAGAUGACAAGGGGGGAUUAUCCUUCCCUUCCCCUCCCCCUCCCCUUCUGACUCCAAAUUUACCAUGAUUAAUGUUUUCUAUAUUGGUGCACCACAAUCCCUUCCUGCAUUUUUGUAAAACCCUGGAUCUUCCUCUGUUCUAUCUUGAUAAUCUUAGAUUUGAAUCUGAACCAAUCAACUUGUGUUGUUACUUGGUUACAAGAGCCCAUUUAGCAAUAUAUAGACUGAGUAAAACAGAGCAAUUUAUUCUUUGAUGAGAACUAUCUUGAUUGCUGCAUUAGGUUGUCUCCCACGCAGUUAUUCUGCCCUCUGUCACCCAAUGCACUGGAGCUCAUUGUGUGACAGAGUUCACUUGAGUUCAUUGCGUGACAGAAUUCACAUGAUCUCAUAGCGUGACAGAGUUCACUUGAGUUCAUUGUGUGACAGAGUUCACUUGAGCUCAUUGUGUGACAGAGUUCACUUGAGCUCAUUGCGUGACAAAGCUCAGAUUGACUGCAUCAGAGACUAUGGCCUAGGUUAAUAAGACAAUCAUUGAUUGAUUGCAUCAGAGACUAUGCAUUAGAUGAAUAAGAGAAAAUUAUUAAUGAAUCAACACCAAAAUGUGAACCACAGUAAAUUGAAUUUAUACUGUUUAACUUGUAAUCCUUCCUGGUUAUAAUUUUAGUUUGUCCUUCUGCAAUAUCAAAUCCUGGGUUGGUUGGAAAUGACGAUUUGGGAGAAAUUCCUUAUUUACUGUGAUUUUCAUUAUUCUGCUAACUCUUAUAAUCUUUCAAUUUGACAUUUGAUGCAUUUUAAUUGGUCAGCAAUUCGCAGACUGGCAUAAUUGAAAACUAUUUCAGUACUGGCCAAUAAAAAUGCUUCAAAGAUUUUGAAUGGAAUUCAUAUCAUUGUUGAAAGUUCUCAGAAUACUGAAAACCGCAGGAACUUCUUAUAUAUAGCUGGUGCAAACCAGCAAAUAUGAUCACAGAAAAUUAUUAUUGAUGAAAUCACCACCAAUAGUAUAAUGCAUGUAUCCCAUUGAUGCUAUACACCUAUUUCAAAAAAGAAAAUGGAACAAAGUUUGGCCAAUAAUAAUGUUUCCUUGUAUUUAAAAUUCGUUCAUUCAUUACAAGGACCUCGCUACAAACUUAAUUUAGCAUCACUGGAUGUCAUUAACAGAUACAAGACUUGUUUUCCCUAAUGUAGCCUUACUGAAUGUCAUUAACAGAUACAAGACUUGUUUUCCCUAAUGUAGCCUCACUGGAUGUCAUUAACAGAUACAAGACUUGUUUUCCCUAAUGUAGCCUCACUGAAUGUCAUUAACAGGUACAAGACUUGUUUUCCCUAAUGUAGCCUCACUGGAUGUCAUUAACAGAUACAAGACUUGUUUUCCUUAACCAGUGGUGUUUGGCAUUCAUCAUUUUCCAUUUUCUUAUAGUCAAGCUCAAUUGAAAUAGGUGUAUAUAGGUACUAAAUACGUAUAGCAUACAUGGAGUACUAUGUAAUAUUUAGUUAGACUUUCAGAAUUGCGAAAGAGAAAAAAAAGAAUAAUAAAAGCAAAAAUUACAGUUUACCACGAAUGUAGUAAUACUUCUUUGAAGCAAACAAGAAAAUGUGAAUAAAAGUUGAAAUGUGAGAA